AUGAAACUUUUUUUGUCAACAAUUGCUGGGACAGCAAUGUCUCAAGGUGUUAAAACCAAAUGUAGUGCUGCUUAUGCUGAUGCUGGACUUUCGACCACAUGCGAUGGAGAGGCUGCUGGUAAUCAAGAAUGCAAUCUUUUUACACACGUGUGCUUUACAACACCAGACUGCUUUGAAAGAUACGGAUGCGAAGUUGACUGUCCCGGCGAUGACUUCCUCUGCUCUCCUCCUGUCCCAACACCUCCACCAACACCAGGUCCAAUGUCAAAACUCGACUGCGAUUUCAAUGCGGAAAACUUUCGAUUCGACAUUUCGGACUUUGACAAGCUUCCAGGAAAACGAGUGCCUCCGGGAAGAGUGAUUGACGAUCGAAAAAUUUGCAUCGUUGAUACUGAAACAAUAAAUCGGGCUACAGAAGCAGUUCGAAAGGAGGAGUAUUUGGAGGAUAUCUUCCAGAACGGAGAUUCUUGCGCGUGCGAACAAGACGGGGAGACAGUGUACAAUUUUGGCGUCGGUUUUGACACUCUUUUUGGACCGGGAAUCGGUGACGAUGAAAAAUUUGUUUUUGUUGGUCACGGCUGGGACAUUAAAUGCUCCCUCAAAACUGUCGAAUUGGAGGACGUUAAUAGUGUAAUUAUAUUACCGACUCCUACAGUUGGUACCGUGACGGAUAGUGAUGAACUCGACUUUGAGAUCACUGCUAGAAUUAGCGAUAAAUAUGAAAUCAACGAGAACUCUCUCCCGGCGUCAGAAGAAGAGUUCAAAUUAGGAUUCUUCUUUGAUUUCGAAACACUUGGAGGCUAUGACAAAUAUCGACCCUUCAUGCAGCAGUGCAAUCUAACAUUUACGAAUUCCGAGGAUACAAGUAAAACUCAUGUCGUGGAGAACUUUAUCGAAGACGGCUGUCUUUCUGAAGCCGUCGUUCUUGAUGAUUCUUUCGAGUUCACUCGACGCGAUCAGCUUCAAUGGAAAACCUUGUAUUAUCCAAAAGCGAUCGGAGGCAGAAAAGCAAAGGUGAAUCUUGAGUGCCGCAUCAACGGUUGUGAGAGCAACGACUACGAAGGAUGUAUUUACGCUGACAGAUGUGGUGAUUCUCCAAUUGUUCGAUCACUCAGAACCAAUUCUACUGACCGAAGCCCUCCACAGUCGUUCGAGAGGGAUAUCGAAUUUGAAGUCUCCAGUACAUCACUUUCAGCUUCGGCAUCAGCUGCACUUGCGUCCACAUCUCUUUUUUCUUUGCUCUUUUUCUUUCAAUGA